AUGUAUGCUGACGAUUUACAACUGUACACGCAAUGUUCUCUAUUUGAUUUACAUAACUCCGUGAAAACUAUGAAUGCUGACCUAAAAAGUAUUGCCGACUGGAGUAAUAAAUAUGGCCUAUCUAUUAACCCGUCCAAAACGCAAGCAAUUAUCAUAGGAAGUCCUCAAUUAAUUGCCAAAGUGGAUUGGACCGCUAUUCCUUCCAUCCAAAUCAACAACACUCCUAUUCCCUAUUCCGCUACCGCUAAAAACCUCGGCUUGCACUUUGACCAAACCUUCUCCUGGACGGUACAACUCAACGCAGUACGCAAAAAGAUGUUUGGUGUCGCUGCUUCCCUUAGGCGACUACGAAAUAUUUUACCAAUUCCCACUAAAAUUGCGCUUGCACAGUCCCUUCUAUUCCCUAUUUUAGACUAUGCAGAUGUCUGUUAUCCCGACCUCACCGAAUGCCAGCUCAACUCCCUUGAGCGACUGCAAAACCUGUGUAUCCGAUUUAUAUUUGGACUGCGUAAAUACGACCACAUUUCUGAAUUUAGAGCCAGGCUCAAGUGGUUUCCAAUUCGCCUUCGCCGGAAUACUCACAUACUCCACCUCUUGUAUUCCAUUCUAUUUGAUCCUAAAACUCCUCCUUACCUGAAACAAAACUUUUCCUACGUAUCUUCCAACCAUUCCCUAGCUUUACGAUCCUCGAACAACCUGACAUUAUCUUUCCCUCAUCAUCAUUCAAAAUUCUUUCACUCUUCCUUUACUGUCACCGCCAUUUCGCUAUGGAAUGCAUUACCCGAGGUUGUGAGGAGAGCUCAAAGCCUGCCUAUUUUUAAAAAGGAGCUAAGGAACCAUUAUGCUUCCUUAUCACAAGAUUGA